AUGGUGUCCAUUGAAAGCGCCGGUUACGGGAUCACCACUGCGAAUUCGAAAUCCUUUAUAAAAAACCGCGACGCAUCUGCUCACAAUACCUUUACAAUCUCGAAUCGGCACACUUCGACAGUCCUCCGUUUCAACGACUCUAGGCUUUUUUCACAGGCGGCUGUAAUGGUUUCCGGCAACCCUCGCUCUCCACCACCACCAUGCCGCACGUUUGAAGAUUUCCUCUUAGGCCCCACGGCGGAGACCAUCACGGUACGCCUCCUGUGGAUGUGGGGAGACGGUGCUUCUUCACAGAAAGCGAUUCGAUUUCUCUUGCUACAUCAUAAGGUUCAUUUCUUUAUGUUUGUAUUAAAAAGCACGAGGAGCAGGGACAACAGAUUGAAUUGUCAAGGAGCAGCGAUGAGGUGUUUGCGGAUGGCGUGGAACUUGGCUUCAUCUGAGGCGGAGAGGUUGGUCUACGAAGGGUGGCUUUUAUAUGACAUGGGUCAUGUGGACGAGGCUCUUACCAAAUCCGAGAAGGCAAUCUCCAUUCAACGCUCCUUUAAAGCUUUUUUCCUCAAAGCUUAUGUUAUAGCUGACAAGAAUCUCGAUCCGGACGAGACCUCUUGCGUUGUUCAGGCUCUAAACAAUCUUGGGAGCAUCUACAUCGAUUGCGGGAUGCUAGAUGAAGCUGAAGCUGCGUAUAAAAACACUCUAGAGAUCAAACACACUCGUGCACAUCAAGGGCUUGCACGGGUUUAUUUCCUGAAGAAUCAACGUAAAGUAGCGUGUGAGGAGAUGACAAAGCUGAUCGAUAAGGCGUCUAUCAAAGCAGCAGCCUACGAGAAACGGUCUGAGUACUGUGAGCGUGAAAAAGCCAAAGAGGAUCUUGACAUGGCCACAACACUCGACCCUCUGCGAACCUAUCCCUACAGAUACCGAGCUGCCGGUUUCAGUAAGUUCUUGGGCUUUUUGACCUCCAGUUACUUUGCUUGGUGA